AUGCCGAUCUUCGUUCAACAUUCUAUUGUUCUCAAGCACUGCCAACAAACUGGAAUCGUAUGGUGCUUUGAGACCAACGUGCAGAGAAUGCACAAAUUUGUCUCUCAUCAGAUCUGCCCCAUCGGAUACAUUGCCUCGUUCCGUGUACUUGAUGUCCUCCCGAAUGGACACGAUUGGAUUGAAAAUCUGGACUUCCGUGCGCCCACAAUAAGCGACGGCAUCAGAAUCACGUCAAAUGGACCAGUCAUGAGCACGGUCGUUUGGCACAGUCGAAACCAAACCGACCUCUCCCAUCACUCAAACAUGACUCUGUAUUCCAAACAGUACGGACUUGUGUUCUGUAAGAAUAAUGUCAACCCAAUGUUGACAUUCAAGGUCGAAAUAGUUGUAAACGACCUAGACUACAUUUGGAACGGAACAAACCUGUUCAUAGUCACAGGUGGUGUGCACUCGGUGGCACUUUGUGACAACUGCCUCGAGGAUACGAUUCAUGAAGUGAACCGCUGUGAAAAAUAUUGCCGUAUCAAUGGAACUCGAACCAAGAGACAACUUGUCCCGUAUCGCAAAGAACACCAUCCUCAAGAUUUUGAUUCAUCCCUGGAUCGCUACAUCGACAGACUUGAGGUGUUGAAUCCCUCGAGCAACGAAUCGAGAAGCGCCCUUCUCGCGUUGUACGGACUUUCUUCUGUUCCUCAUUGA